AUAUGUAAUAAAAUGAGUCAAUGACACGUCACUGAUCAAAAAUCAAAUGGGAGUCGAAGAGAUAAUAAGAAAAAAGAUAUUUAAUUUUGUAGAGUAUUCAUAUAAGGAAGGUAUCAACGAUGAUGAUCCUCCUCUGUUUUUAAAAGCGAACAAAUCUCAAAAGAAUCAAAGGAUCAUUUCUACAGAUUCAAUCUUCGAAAUGGCAGUGGUCAACAGCCUCCGACGAUUGGCGCGCACUACCCAGGUUACUUUGCAGAGCAGGUAUGCUGUUUCUUCCCAAUACAUGCCUGGCUCAAGAAUCCUCACUACAGAAGCAUCACCAGAGAAGCUUGGGUCAAAGGGGCAUGAUAUGCUAGCACCUUUUACAGCUGGGUGGCAGAGUGCUGAUUUAGAUCCUUUGAUCAUAGCCAAAUCCGAGGGGAGUUAUGUGUAUGAUGACCAUGGGAAGAAGUAUCUUGACUCUCUCGCUGGUCUAUGGUGUACUGCCUUAGGAGGAAAUGAGCCACGGCUUGUUUCUGCUGCUGUAGGGCAAUUGAACACCUUGCCCUUUUAUCACUCCUUUUGGAACCGUACUACUAAGCCUUCUCUGGAUCUUGCUAAGGAUCUUUUAGAGAUGUUCACGGCCAAGAAAAUGGCCAAAGCAUUUUUUACAAACAGUGGAUCAGAGGCCAAUGAUACACAGGUCAAGCUGGUUUGGUAUUACAAUAACGCACUUGGGAGGCCUGAGAAGAAAAAGUUUAUCGCGAGAAAGAAAUCGUACCAUGGCUCCACUUUAAUAUCAGCAAGUUUGUCCGGUCUCCCAGCGUUGCAUCAAAACUUUGAUUUACCUGCACCAUUUGUGUUGCACACAGAUUGCCCUCAUUACUGGCGUUUUCAUCUUCCGGGGGAAACGGAAGAGGAGUUCUCAACCAGAUUAGCCAAGAAUUUAGAGGAUCUUAUCAUUAAAGAGGGACCAGAAACUAUUGGUGCUUUUAUUGCUGAACCAGUAAUGGGUGCUGGCGGUGUGAUACCUCCGCCUGCUACAUACUUUGAAAAGAUUCAAGCUGUUGUUAAGAAGUAUGACAUCCUGUUCAUUGCUGAUGAGGUGAUUUGUGCAUUUGGGCGACUGGGGACAAUGUUUGGCUGUGACAAAUACAACAUCAAGCCAGAUCUUGUGUCCUUAGCCAAGGCACUCUCUUCAGCAUAUAUGCCUAUUGGUGCCAUUCUUAUGAGUCAAGAAGUAGCAGAUGUCAUAUAUUCUCAAAGCAACAAGCUAGGUGCUUUCUCGCAUGGAUUUACUUACUCUGGUCAUCCAGUUUCAUGUGCUGUAGCAAUUGAAGCGUUAAAGAUAUACAAGGAGAGGAACAUACCAGAACAUGUCGCCAAAGUUUCCCCAAGGUUUCAAGAUGGUCUUAAAGCUUUUGCCAAGAGUAGUCCUAUUAUUGGAGAGAUAAGAGGAACGGGUUUGAUUCUGGGGACUGAGUUUACAGACAACAAAUCUCCGAACGAACCAUUUCCCCCAGAAUGGGGUGUUGGUGCAUAUUUUGGAGCCGAGUGCCAGAAACGCGGUAUGUUAGUCCGUGUUGCAGGUGAUGGCAUAAUGAUGUCUCCACCGCUCAUUAUCUCACCUGAAGAGAUCGAUGAGUUAAUUGAUAUCUACGGGAAAGCAUUGAAAGCAACGGAAGAGAGGGUAAAAGAACUCAAGGCUCAGCAAAAGAAGUGAGAAGCAAAGGUUUCUGAUACUGUCAUGAAAGUGUGGUUUAGAUUCUCCCCAUGUCUCUCUGCUUGAAUUAUUUGCCAUUUUGCUUUGCACAGUUCACAAAUCCAGUUUAUAUAUGCAUAAUAAAGCAUCCAUGCAAGCAUAAUAAAUCAUCCAAUUUAAGUCUU